AUGGCUACCGUUACUGAUACCGGUGCCUGCCAGGCACUCGUCCUACACGGCGCAAAGGACCUCCGAAUGGGAACGAAGCCCGUUACUGCCCCCACCGGUUCCGAAGUCCAAGUCGCCAUCCGCGCUACUGGCCUCUGCGGAUCAGACUUCACUACUACAAUCACGGCCGUAAUGGCGACUUCGUUGUUCGCGAGCCCUUCUGCCUGGGCCAUGAGUCCUCUGGCGUCGUAA